AUGGACCAAACUCUAUUUUUCAUUCUUCUUCUCACGGCUCUCUGCUCCGUAUCUGAAUGUGUUCAGCGUCAGUAUCACUUUAUAAAUGAGAUCAAGACCUGGACUGAAGCUCAGAGAUACUGCAGAGAGAAAUACACAGAUCUGGCCACCGUUGACAACAUGAAUGACAUGAACGAGCUGAAGAAGAGUGUGAAUGAUGGAAGUGUUCAGUAUGUCUGGAUUGGGCUGCAGAGAACAGGUCGUGAUAAAUGGCAGUGGUCUUCAGGUGAACCUGCGCUCUAUCUGAACUGGGCUACUGGACAACCAGAAGGCACAGAUGAUUGUGCUGUGAUGUUAAAUGGACAAUGGAAGGAUUUGACAUGUAGUGAAAACCGACAUUUCAUCUGCAACAACAAUAAACUGGUUCUGAUCAAAGAGAAUCUGACGUGGUCUGAAGGUCUGAGUUACUGCAGACAGAAUCAUGUGGAUCUGGUCUCGGUUCAUUCAGAAGAGAUUCAGCGUGGUGUGAUGAACGUGGUUAAAUGGGCGUCUACUGCGGCGGUGUGGUUGGGUUUACACAACUACUGCAGCAUGAACAUGUGGCUCUGGGUGAGUGGAGAGACCAUGUGCUAUCACAACUGGGCUCCAGGGAACGGAAUGACACGGGAAAACUGCAGCCUCGAGAACAGAAAAGGAGCAGUUCAGUCUGGAGGAGAUCAGCGCUGGAUCAGCCUUCCUGAAUCUCACAAACUCAACUUCAUCUGCAGCAGAUACUAA